AAAGUGAUCCCUUUACUAUAAAUCGUCCUUCUUUGUUCUCUUUAUAAACUCUAGAACUAUAUAUAGUAUAUUGGUACCAUAUAUAUAUAUAUAUAUAAACACAUAUCAUCAUCAUCAUCAUGGAUGAGCAAAAAAGAGGUUUCGAUCAAUUUGAGUAUGAAGAUGAGAAUGAGAAAUGGGUUAAUGAUUCUUCUUUGGAUCAUAAAGGACAAGUUCCUCUUCGAGCUUCCACUGGUUCAUGGAAAGCCUCCUUUUUUAUUAUCGCAAUUGAGUUCAGUGAGAGACUGAGUUAUUUUGGGAUAGCAAGUAGCUUGAUCAUAUACUUAACCAAAGUAAUGCAUGAAGACCUAAAGACAGCAGCAAAGAGUGUCAACUAUUGGUCUGGUGUUACCACAUUGAUGCCUUUGUUUGGAGGAUUCAUUGCUGACUCUUAUUUGGGUCGAUUCUCUACUGUCUUUGCCUCCACCAUCAUCUACAUUUUGGGUUUAAUACUGCUGACCAUGUCAUGGUUCGCACCUAGCCUAAAGGCUUGUAAACAUGGUGAAACAUGCCAAGAGCCUAGGAAAAUCCAUGAAGUAAUAUUCUUCGUGGCCAUAUACCUCAUAUCCAUUGGAACUGGAGGCCAUAAACCAGCUCUGGAGAGCUUUGGAGCUGACCAAUUUGAUGAGGAAAAUCCCAAAGAGAGAAAGCAAAAGAUGUCAUUUUUCAAUUGGUGGAACUUUGGUCUUUGCUCUGGACUCCUCAUUGGUGUGACUGUGAUUGUGUAUUUGCAAGACCAUGUGAGUUGGGGUGUGGCUGACAUUGUACUAACUGUAGUUAUGGCAAUUUCUUUGGCCAUAUUCAUCAUCGGAAGGCCGGCAUACCGCUACCGGAGACCCACCGGGAGCCCUCUAACACCAAUGUUGCAAGUUCUUGUGGCUGCCAUUCGAAAGAGGACUCUUCCCUACCCUGUCAACCCUGCUUUUCAAUUGUAUGAAGCUCCCAAGUUAGACAAGUCACAGGGCAGGCUUUUGUGUCACACCAAAAACCUCAAAUUUUUGGACAAAGCGGCCAUAGUAGAAGACAUAAGCAACUCGGCCGAGAAAGAAGAUCCAUGGCGAUUGGCGACUGUGACUAAGGUAGAGGAGAUGAAGCUGGUUCUCAACAUGAUCCCCAUUUGGGUAUCUACCUUACCGUUUGGUAUAUGCAUUGCUCAAUCUUCUACCUUCUUCAUCAAGCAAGGUGUCACCAUGGAUAGAAAGAUCAAUGGCUUCGAGAUCCCUCCGGCGUCGAUUUACGCCCUCGCCGCCGUCGGAAUGAUAAUCUCCGUCACCCUCUACGAGAAGGUUCUAGUCCCAGUUAUGAGGAAGAUUACCGGAAACGAGCGAGGUAUCAACAUCCUCCAAAGGAUUGGAAUCGGAAUGUUCUUUUCGAUAGUCACAAUGGUGGUUUCAGCUCUGGUCGAGAAAAAACGUCUGGAUAAUGUUCGACAAAAUGCCGAAACGAACAUUUUUGUUCCCAUGAGUGUCUUUUGGUUGGCGCCGCAGUUUGUGAUCGUUGGAUUCGGAGAUGGGUUCGCUCUGGUGGGCUUGCAGGAGUACUUUUAUGACCAAGUUCCCGAUUCGAUGCGAAGCUUGGGGAUAGCAUUUUACCUGAGCGUGAUCGGCGCGGCGAAUUUCCUCAGCAGCAUUCUGAUAACGAUCGUCGACCACAUCACGGAGAGGAGUGGGGAGAGUUGGUUUGGAAAGGACCUGAACAGCAGCCGGUUGGACAAAUUCUAUGGGCUUUUGGCCGUCGUUGUGGCGGUGAACUUGUGCUUCUACAUGCUCUUGGCUCGGCGUUACUCUUACAAAAAUGUUCAAAAGGUGGCCGUGGCCGAUUGCUAUAAUGACCACGAUCAUCCAAGCUCCAUGGCCUGAAACUGAUCCUAUCACAAAGCUAUAUAAUAUAUGAUAUGUUUUAAGACUUGAGAAGAAAGAAAAAUCAAGUUAACCAAUUCCAUAUGUAGUAGUAGUAGUAGUAGUAGAAUAUAUUGUAUGGGGUAGAAGCCAUACAUUAUUGUAUCUGUAAAUUCUGUGUGCGUUUGAUCAAUAUCUCUUGGUCAAUUUUUUCCUAGUCGAAGAAUUCAAGCAUGCAUAUGUUAUGUAUAUGUAAUUCAUAUUUAAUAAUUAUAUUAUUAUAAAUUCAAAUGCUUCA